AUGAUGAACAUCAUCAGAGCAGGGUAUCGUCGUUACAACCAAAUUCAAGUACUCUGCCAGCCGAGACUGCUCAGUGGUGAGAUCGCACUGCAGUCAUCUUCAGCAGAUGACAGUCCCAUUUUUACGCGCUGGUCGCCUUCGCAUCUUUCUGCUUCUCCCUCUAUUCCAGCCAAGCCCUUGCCAAAGACUGCGCCAAAAGGGAUACGGCUCGCUUCAACUGUCGCCUUUAGCCAAUCAUCCACCAAUUCCACAUCAACUUCGGCCACCUCCAUAACCUCCGUCAAUUCGGGUCUAUCUACAUCUUCACUCACCUCCUCGCUAGCCUCUUACUCCUCUCCCGCAUCUCUGACAACAAGUUCCAGCUCUCCUGUAGACAACAGAUCACUUGACCCACAGCGACCAGAUGGCUCGGGCCCAAGUGACUCGCAUCAACCAAAUCGCAGAAGGCUUCCUCAAGCUGGAUUGUCGCAGAAAUCUCUUCCUCCGCCAAUAAAGCCUCGCCAACUGAGGGCCUAUGCCUCGAGAACACUGGCGUCGUCUUACAGCUCCUCGACGAAACCCUCACGUCCGGCGCGGAGGGCCACCUCUUGCCUGGCCUGGAGCCUCGGUCCUGGCCCAGGGGCUGAGUGGGCGGUUGAAGUAUCAGAGUUGACUGCUGCAGGAGCAGUUGCGAUAAAUUCCGGCCCCGUUCUAGCAUCACCAGGGUCUCCGUCAUUAGGUACAGUUUUCAACUCCUCUUCGUCCCCCUCUUCCAGCUCCUCGUCGCAUGUCAUUUCCUCCCCAUCUCUGACGGCCUCCUCGGACUUGACGCAGACCAAAUUGGUCUCUCUGCAGCGGCUCGGCAGCAUGGUCAAAGUGAUCGGAACUGCCCGGUGCCACAUUUUACGCUACAACAAAUUCGACUGGCAAGAUGCAGAGGCAAUGGGUGAUACAGUAAAGCCGCCGGCUGCAAGUGUUACUUGUCUGCAAGGGUGA